AUGGCGAGCGCUUGGCCUAAUAGCCAAGAAGAUUAUGAGCUUUUAGAAGUUAUUGGUGUUGGUGCGACCGCUGUAGUUCAUGCGGCUUUGUGUAAACCUAGAAACGAGAAAUGUGCCAUCAAGCGUAUCAACCUCGACAAAUGGAAUACUUCCAUGGACGAGCUUUUAAAAGAAAUCCAAGCUAUGUCCUCAUGUAACCACGAGAACGUAGUAACCUAUUACACGUCGUUUGUCGUUCGCGAGGAGCUUUGGCUAGUUCUACGGCUUUUAGAAGGCGGGUCGCUCCUCGACAUAAUAAAGCAUAAAGUCCGCGUGACUAACUGCCGCCACGGAGUUUUCGACGAAGCUACAAUAGCCACCGUGCUUAAAGAAGUCCUACGCGGCCUUGAAUAUUUCCAUCAGAACGGACAGAUCCACCGAGAUAUCAAAGCGGGGAAUAUACUUCUUGGCGACGAUGGUGCGGUACAGAUAGCUGACUUCGGAGUGUCAGCUUGGUUGGCAACCGGUCGAGAUUUGUCCCGACAAAAAGUGCGCCACACUUUCGUUGGCACACCAUGCUGGAUGGCACCAGAGGUUAUGGAACAGAACCACGGCUACGACUUCAAAGCGGACAUAUGGUCGUUCGGGAUAACUGCUAUAGAAAUGGCUACCGGCACAGCGCCGUACCACAAGUAUCCUCCUAUGAAAGUUUUAAUGUUGACUCUUCAAAACGAGCCGCCAACUCUUGACACGGGAGCGGAGGAAAAAGACCAGUAUAAAGCCUACGGGAAGACGUUUAGGAAAAUGAUUUCUGAGUGUUUGCAAAAGGAUCCAACGAAGCGGCCAUCUUCGACUGAAUUGUUGAAGCAUGCGUUUUUCAAGAAGGCUAAAGACAGGAAGUAUUUGGUUCAGACGCUGGUGUCGACGGGGCCUAGUAUGGAGACGCGAGCGCAUAAAGCGUCGCGUCGGCAGCCCGGAGCGUCGGGGCGGCUGCAUCGGAUGGAGACAGGCGAAUGGGUGUGGGAAAGCGACGACGAAAACGGUGCCGACGAAGACAACGCGGUUCGCGACCGGCCCAUGAACACACUCGCCCGCGCCGACUCCUCCGACGAGGAAGAACCAACCUCCGGGGCCGGAACCUUCACCAUAGGCUCCUUAGGAACCAGCUCCGAGGAACCUCCCCUCAUCAACCUGGUGCUCCGGAUGAGGAAUGAUAGGAAUGAGCUGAACGAUAUCCGGUUUGAGUUCGCUCCGGGGAAGGAUUCUGCGGACGGUAUUGCAACGGAGCUGGUCGGUGCGGGCUUGGUGGAGCAGAGAGAUGCUGGCGCUGUGGCGGUGCACUUACAAAGGUUAGUGGACAACUGGUUGUCCCCGGGCCCGGGCGCGCCGCUCCGCACGGCCACGUUCCGCCUGGACGCGGCGCCCGCGGAGCCCCCGGACGAGAAGGGGCUCAUCGGGUACGCGCAGAUCUCCAUUGUCGACUAAACUACCACCAACCUAUCGGU